GAGCCGAGCGGUGGGGGUUGUUGCUACGGGUGGCGUAGUGGAGAGUCCUCUGGCAGUUCAGUGAGUGACAUGGACGGGUAUAGCAUUCCCAAAACCAGUUUCGGACAACAUCGGGUGAAGCGGACCUAGUGGUAACAACCAAGAAGUGCUGCACUCACCGGCCUGGCUCCUUGUCCAACCCUCUUGCAAAGCUCCUGUGCUGGCUGUCACCUUAAGGGCGUGAAAAUGUCUUCCACAAGAGUGAGCUUUCAUUUGGCUGCCUGUUUGCUAAACAUUUCAGAAGCCAGAAAAAAAGAUGUUGUUGAGAAAAUAGCCAAAGCUGCUAUUUACAAUGAUAAUGGACAGAAGCAUCCUCAAGCAACAGUGCUUAAUAUAUUUUCUGAUUACGAUUACAACAGAUCAGUCAUAACGAUAGCAGCUCCCAUUGAUAUGUUGGGUGACUAUGUUGUUUCUGCCUGCAUUGAGGCUUUCAAAUCAAUUGAUCUGACUGUCCAUGAAGGAAUCCAUCCUUGCCUUGGAGCAGUGGACUUAGUUCCAAUUUACCCUCUUUUGGAUGUAGACCUGGAGGAGUGUGGAACAGUGGCUCGAAGCAUAGCUGAGAGUCUGACCCUGCAUGUCCCAGGAUGCAGUGUGUUUCUUUUUGGGCAUGCUGAUCAACCUGAGAAGCGAAGCCUUGUCCAGAGAAGAAAGCAGCUAGGUUGGUUUAUAGGGAAGGACGUCAAAUCAAUGGAAAAUAAACCUGAUAUAGGAGCCACACUUUCCCAAAGAUAUGGUCUAACAGGUAUUGGAGCCAGCCCUUAUGUGAUGAAUUGCAAUGUGACUAUAGACACUCAAGACUUGGCUACAGGAAGAAACAUAGCAAGUGCUAUCCGAGGUAGCAGUGCAAGUGGUUUGAAAGGCAUACAGGGUAUGGCUUUUCCCCAUGAUGGAAAGAUUGAAAUAGCUUGUAACGUAGAGAGCUUUGAAGAGGCAGACAAUGUGGUGACCUCACCUGACGACUCUGGGUAUAUUUCAUACCGUGUUCUUGGAAAUACAUAUUAUUAUGUCUCCCCUCAAUCAAUAGAGGCUCAGAUUAAUAAAUUGGCCACUGACCAACAAAUAAAGACUGUUGGGACAGCAUUAGUUGGCUUUACCCCAGAAGAGUGUAAGCAGCAUGCCACAUAUGCAUUAAUGAAAGGCAUUGGAGAGUUCUGGAAGAUGAGGGGGGGCAUUUUUAUGUGACUUUCUUUUAUCUCCAUAGAUAUAAAUCAUGAUGUAUUGAGAUUAUGCUGUGUAUGACUUAAUCCCAAAUUUUAUUUGUGUGGGGAGAUGCAAAUGAGCAGUAGUGAAGCCAGUGUAUUUUAUGCUAAUAAUUUUUCCUAUGGUCUGACCAGCUCCUGCUGAAAACUACAAUUUGUCUGAACCUGAUUCUGCAGCUGGCUGGGAAGGGAGGCUCUUAAUUUUUAUUGGCAUGUCCAGUGAUCAUCAAAUAUCUUUCUUUCAUAAACUCUACGUGUUUACAGACACCACUUGUGUUUCAUUCAUCUCUGCUUUGGCAGUCUCUAACUGCCGUCUCCUGGUCCCUAUCUUGGGAUUGUAGUGGCUGUAUUGUAGUUUAAGGCUCAUUCCACUGACUGGGGGGAAAAAAUCCUUGUCUCAGAGGGAAGAAUGGAAUAGAAUGGGAGAGGGAAUUGGGUGCAGUUCUUUUGUCUUUUGUUGGGUUGAUUGCGUUAAAUAUUAGGGCUGUGCAAAGCCUCAGUCCCUGAUUUGAUUUGGCGGAGAUUCAGCCUGAUUUGGUGGCCAAAUCUCCAAAUCUGAGUCGAAUCAGAA